AUGAUUGGCCACAGUUGGCUUGCUUUGGCAUUGUUUUUCGCCAGUGCAGCUGCGCAGGGUGUUCUCACCAACGGCAACAGUCAGUUUCCGGCAUGUGCACAGUCAUGUCAGCUCGUCAAUCAGGCUGCUCAGGCGUGUGGAGGUACUGCCAAUUCGGAUCAGGGAACAUGGGGUUGUUUCUGUCAGAGCGCAUACCUCAAACCUCUCUACACAUCACCGGCAGGCAUCUGUGACGCGACUUGUCCCAAUGCGGCCGACAGCCAGCAGCUUAUGACAUGGUACAAGAGCAAUUGCGGCACAGACAAUGGCGCGAAAGAGCAUGCUACUGCGUCAACAACAAACACUGGAUCUACAGGCUCGACGGGAGGGGGUACAUCUGGAGGCACUUCGACCGGCAUUUCAGUACUCGACGUGACGGAUGGUGGUACCUGGUGGCAGAAUCACUAUCAAUGGGUGAUCAUGCUGAUCGUCCUCGCCAUCUGUCUGCCUCUGCUCGCUCUUUUGGCAACAUGCUUGAAGCGCCGCUACGAACGAAAACAGGAUCGCAUGUACGGAGGCUUCAAUGCCGGUAUCACCGAGCGUUCCGCACCCAUGAGUCAGAAUUCGCCUCAGCUAGGCGUCAAUCCUCAUGGCGGCGCUGCAGCAGAAGCAGGGGCGGGUAACAGGCCCGCCUCACCUGUUCGAACGCGCGAAGCUUUCAUGCCGUAUGGCUAUGGCUACGCUCGUAGUGAGAGCAGGGCGUCUGCGCCUAGCAUUGCUGCUCAGCGGCAAGAUACGCGCGCAGCAACUUCGAGUCCGUUAGCCCGUGAAGUGGAGUCGACCGCUGAAACGAGCGAGAACAACGCGGAGACGUCCAAGAAACGCAUCCGCGUGCGAGAACGAGAGGACGCGACUCCUUGA